GCUCUUUUUGAAAACAUUAUAUUGAAAAUACAUUUAGAUUAUCCUAAGACAAUUUGUUUUGAACCAGCAUUAUCGUAAGACAUCCUAAUCUCUUCACGUUACUCACUACUCUACAUAUUUAUGUGUGUAUAUAUAUAUAUACAAAAGUAGAUAGUUGUGCAUAUAUAACCCAAUUCCAUCACAAGGCCAAUUCCAAAAAAAAGUCACAUCAUUUUUCUUGAAAGAUGGGUUUCAAACUUAUCUCUCUUUUCCUUCUUCCACUUCUCAUACUCACAAUCUUGUCCGGAGCCGACCAAAGUCCGCAUGUGAGCCACCGUAACAAAACGGCGUUGGCAGGCGCACGAGGAGUAGGAAAAGUGGAGUUGAAUGGGAGGAAGCAAACGAGUGGUUGCAACUUAUUUCAAGGAAGAUGGGUUUUCGAUGCUUCUUACCCUUUCUACAAUUCUUCCAUGUGUCCUUUCAUCGACGGCGAGUUCAACUGUUUUGGUAGACCAGACAAACAGUUCCUCAUGUACUCUUGGCAACCUGAUUCAUGCACCAUCCCAAGGUUCGAUGGAAAAGCUUUUCUGAAUAAAUGGAGAGGGAAACGAGUGAUGUUCGUUGGUGACUCACUGAGUCUAAACAUGUGGGAAUCGUUAGCAUGUAUGAUACAUUCGUCGGUACCAGACAGCAAAUACACUUUUAUCAAACGUACCCCACUCUCCUCCCUCACGUUCCAGGAAUAUGGAGUUACAUUGUACCUCUAUCGAACACCAUACCUAGUGGAUAUCUCCAAAGAAGAUGUAGGGCGCGUGCUUAACCUUGGAACCAUCGAAGGUGGUGCUGAUGUCUGGAAAGACAUGGACAUUCUCCUCUUUAAUUCUUGGCACUGGUGGCUUCACAAAGGAGUACAAUCCCAAGGGUGGGAUUUUAUAAGAAAUGGUUCUUCAUUGAUUAGAGACAUGGACCGUCUUGAUGCUUUCAACAAAGGACUCACCACUUGGGCUCAGUGGGUUGAUCAAAAUGUUAAUACUUCGCAAACUCGAGUUUUCUUCCAAGGCAUUUCUCCCACUCACUACGUAGGAAGGGAAUGGAAUGAGCCAAGGAAGACUUGCAACGGGCAGAUGCAACCGUUGACCGGGUCAACAUACCCGGGUGGUUCAGUUCCUGCAGCAAGCAUCGUAUCACGAGUGUUGAGCUUGAUGAAAACACCCGUUUACUUACUCGACAUCACAACUUUGUCUCAACUAAGAAAAGAUGCUCAUCCAUCUACCUAUGGAGGUGAUGGAGGAACCGAUUGUAGCCACUGGUGCCUUCCUGGCUUGCCAGAUACUUGGAACCAGCUUCUCUAUGCAGCUCUUUCGAUGUGAAAAGUUGACUCAUUACACAGUUGCAUGUAUAUUACAUUCUUGGAAGUCUAAAGGGGAAAAAAAGGAAGGACUGACAUUUUACUUGAAAGAUUUACAAAGCAGAUAACGAUUAAGAUUUUUUUUUUUUUGACAAAGAAGAUAACGAUUAAGUUGUAACGUGCUUUACAUUAAUUUUCUAUUGG